AUGCUGCGAAGACAGGCCAGAGAACGGCGGGACUACAUCUACCGUCGGGCUCUUCAACUUCGUGAUGCCAGUAUCGCCGAGAAGCGUGCCCUCCUCAAAAAGUCCUUAGCGACAGGCAAGCCGCUCGACCAUUCUGUCGCAAACGACAAAUCUCUACGGAAAGAUUUCAAAUACGAUGAAUCUCUAGAUCCCGAGACCGCAGCGGCACAAGAGUCUAUCGACGAUGAGUACUCUAUGCUGUCAGGCCUCUCCGACCCGAGACCGCUCGUCACCACCUCCCGAAGUCCAUCUACACGACUCAGCACGUUCUCCAAAGAGAUCCGCCUCCUGCUACCGACUUCGAUCCGGUUGAACAGAGGUAAUCUGAUCCUUCCCAACUUGAUGUCAAGCGCAAAAGCUGCCGCCCUCAGCGACAUCAUACUCCUCCACGAACAUCGAGGCACUCCGACAGCCAUGACCAUCUCGCAUCUGCCUCACGGGCCUACCGCUUCUUUCUCCCUUCACAACGUCGUGCUCAGAGCGGACAUUCCGGAUGCAUCAAGAGGCACGGUCUCAGAAUCAUACCCACAUCUGAUCUUCGAAGGAUUCACGACUCGACUGGGCAAGAGAGUAGUUCAGAUCUUGAAGCAUAUUUUCCCUCCACGAGAUGGCCCGCAUAAGGUCGGCAACCGGGUCGUCACAUUCAAGAAUGUGGAAGACAGUAUCGAGGUCCGACACCACGUCUUUGUUCAGACGGGCUAUCGGGACGUCGAGCUGGCUGAGGUUGGUCCUCGAAUGACUAUGCGAUGUUUCGAGAUCAAAGGCGGCACGCUUGAGAAGGACUCCGGCGGGGAAGUCGAAUGGGCAUUAAAACAAUAUACAAGAACCGGACGAAAGAAGGACUAUCUCUGA